GUUGGUCACUUGGCACCUCUGCUGGGAGGUGAAUCAUCUUCCAGGUUUGUGGCAGAGCCGGGGGAGGCAAUGGGACAUGGGCAGGCUGGCAUGAACUCAGCCAAGCGUCCCAGUGCUAAGGAGGAGAUGUCCAUCACCUUGUGCUACGAGGUGAAUGGCUCCUGCUACAGGACCUUAUACCCCUUUGGGGUCCAGCUGGCCAUUUGUCUGGCCUGUGCCUUGGGCACACUGAUCAUGGGGUUGGGGAACCUCCUUGUUGUCAUCAUCAUUUCCCAUUUCAAAGCUCUGCACACCCCCACCAACCUCCUGAUCCUCUCUCUUGCCCUUGCUGACCUCCUCCUGGGUCUGACCAUGUUGCCCUUCAGCACCAUCAAGUCUAUAGAGUGCUGCUGGUAUUUCGGAGAUGACUUCCGUAGGCUGCACACCUUUCUGGACACAGUCUUUUGCUUGACCUUUGUAUUUCAUCUGUAUUUCAUUUCCGUUGAUCGGUACCGUGCUAUCUGUGAACCUUUGCUCUAGCCCACCAAGUUCACCAUCAAAGUGGCCUUCAUUUACAUGGCAGUGCCUAUGACUUACACCUCUAACCUCCUCUACACUAAAUCGAUUGUAGAAGGACCGGGACAUUUCUUGAAAGACGUGCCCUGUGUCGGUAGCUGUCAGCUGCUGUUCAACAAGCUCUGGGGGUGGUUGAACUUCCCAGUAUUCUUCUUCCCUUGCCUAGUAAUGAUAGUUUUGUAUGUAAAAAUAUUUACUGUGGCUAACAAGCAAGCCAGGCUCAUAAACGACAUGAGUAAGAGUAUUGGAUCUCAGGUACACGUAGGAGCAUCUAAGAGCAAAAGAAAGGCAGCAAAGACUCUUAUGGUAGGUGUAGGAAUCUACCUCUUGUGUUGGUUUCCCUUUACUAUUGACACUAUGGUAGACAGUCUUCUGGAUUUCAUUACCCCCCCAGUUCUGUUUGACAUCCUAAUCUGGUUUGCUUACUUCAGUUCUGCCUGCAAUCCCUUGAUCUAUGUAUUUUCCUACCGCUGGUUCAGAAAAGCUGUGAAACUAGUCUUAACUUAUGGGAUCUUUUGUUCCAGAAUGUCUACAGUAGACUUGUACCAGGAAUGA